GGAUUGGACUGCAUUUCACUUUUUUUUUGUGUGGUUGUGUUUGUUUUUGGUACAGCUGCAACACAGUUUUGUCAGGCCCACGUGUUGGUCAUCGCAUGUCGGUGUUUUGUGCGAUUCUGCUGCCUGUGGUUGCUCGGAAAAUACGAAAUCAAUCGUGUGGGUUGCUCGGAGACCACUGGGUUAUGCUUUUGUUCACUUGGAUCACGGUAGACAUGCAGAGGAUGCAAUUGGUGAAUUAGAUGAUUCAAUGGAAACAAUUGAGGUCACCCCUAUUGCAAAAUUGCGUCCUUACACUAAAGCGGAGAAAAUAAAGAUUCGUGUCUGUAGGAUAUGGAAAUCUAGCAUUUCUGCAACUGUUCGCAAAUACGUUACACUACAGUGUAUCUUGGUUGAUGAAACGAACAAUGCGGUUGAAGCAUUUGCGUCAGACAUUGAUUGUGAACUGGUAGCCUCAAAGAUUGAUGCUGGUAGUUGUUACGAAAUCAUGAAUUUUCGCACAAUCAACAUCAGAGGACAGUAUAAAGUGGUGCCGCAUGAAACCCAGGUUAUAUUCACUGGUGCAACAUCGUUUAAAAAACUGUUUACCGUCUUUCCACCCAUCCCUCGACAUAGGUUUUUCCUACUAGAUUUCAACAUGCUCUAUCCGCGUCUGAACAGAGACGAUAUUCUUACAGAUGUGAUUGGCCAUAUAACUGCGGUCCAGCAAUUGGAAUCAAAACAGAUUAAUCAAAGAAUAGUGCAGAAGUGUGAUAUACACAUUGAGAAUAUCAGAAAAGAAGAAUUGUCUGUUACAUUGUGGGCAGAUAUUGCAGAAGCUUUUUGUUCUUUAUCGAUCCAGAAGUUGUCUUUGCCGAUUAUUGUUGUAUUUACAAGUUUAAAAGUCAAGAUUUACCUAGAGAACAUCGUUUUGAAUAGUACUGGCUCCUCCCUUUUUUUCAUUGACCCAGACAUCCCGGAGGUUAACUCAUAUAAAUCAAUGUUCUCAACCUGUAAAGUCCCUGUAAAAAUGCUGCCUCCUUCUUCAAGGCAGGCAAAUGAAGCUGAAAUUCUGCGUACAGCAAGAAGAGUAACAAUAGAUGAGCUGGCCUUUUUGGAUCCUGAUUUGUAUAAGAAUGAUACAUUCCUAUGUAAAGCAUCUAUCAAACGUUUUGACACACGUUAUGAUUGGUGGUACAAUGCUUGCCCUAGCUGUGCCAAACAAAUGCAUAAGGACCCGUCGACCGGACAACUCAUCUGUCAGAAACACCCCAACCAAAUUCCAAUACCAUGGUACAAAGUUAAUUUCAUUCUUGAAGACAACACUAAUGAAAUUAGUGCUUUGAUAAUUGGCAAAGGUGGUGAAAAACUCUUUGCUAUAGAACCAAUAACUCCACAAAUCUUACCAAGAGCAGUCACAGUAUCUUCCACUAAUGUAUUAUCUUUGACCUCACCACCUGAAACAAGCGGAGAAUCACAUAAACGAAAGAGGGAGUCUGUGAGGAAAGCUCUUUUUACUGGCAGUGAACAGAGUGAAGCAGAAGAAAUUCCAGAAGUUGACCCGAAAGAGUUUGAUGAAAUACCUAUCAAAUUGCUGAAAAAAAAUCCACCUCCAGCUUCUGCAAAAACAGAUAGUCCCUCCAAAAAUUAACUGGGUUGGUUUCUCAAUGACAACAUUGAUAAUGGUCCUGCUAUAAGACGUUUCCUCCUCUGCUACAAUAUAUUUUGCAUCUUUUGCUACUCUGUAUUAAACAUUGUCUAAUAUCUUUGGUGGUUUGCAAAUACCACUUUCUGCACAAAACUGGACAAUAUUUUUUGCACCUCCGUAUACCAGCAUUUGUUAAUUUUUUGUGUACAGAAGCUGGUUUAGUUUUUAGAGCACAAAGAACAGCUAAAGUAGAAUAUAUAGCUCUAAUAUUUUUUGUAUCCCUGUAUGAAAGUAUCUGCUAAUAUUUUGUUUGUAAGUAUGAUCAUCCUAAUCCAAAAACACUUAUAAGUGCUGUGAUCUAAUCAUAAAAUUUCGUGUUUA